UCCAGGGAGGGGUCCCUGGAGAUUGAGUGGCAAUUCAACAGGCCAGGUCCUUCUCUCGCGUCGUCGCGCCAUCGUCGCCCCAUCGUCGCCCCAUCGUCGCCCCCUACAAUCUGCUCCACCAUGGCGGACAAAGCUUGCACCGUCCGCACUAGAAAGUUCAUGACCAACCGCCUGCUGGCGCGGAAACAAUUCAUUAUUGACGUUCUGCACCCAGGUCGCGCCAAUGUCUCCAGGACUGAAUUGAAGGAGAAGCUCGCGAAACUAUACGAGGUGCGGGAUCCUCAGACCAUCUUCGUGUUUGGGUUUAGGACCCAGUUUGGAGGUGGCAAGUCCACUGGCUUUGGUCUCAUCUACGAUUCCGUUGACUCCGCAAAGAAAUACGAGCCCAAGUAUAGAUUGAUCAGGAAUGGACUGGCAACAAAGGUCGAGAAGUCGAGGAAGCAGAUCAAGGAGCGCAAGAACCGUUCGAAGAAGAUCAGGGGUGUAAAGAAGACUAAGGCCGCUGGAGAUGCUAAAAAGAAGAAAUGAGCUGUAGGCUGAGAUUUCCUUCAGACUUUGUUGCGACGAGGGACUUUUCUCCUGUAUUAACGGCAAUGGCAGUGUAGACAAAGAAAAGAUUUUUUGAAUGACGCAGGUCUCAUUCAGGCCCUUGCGGGUCGCUACUGCUUGUGUGUAUCGUGUUCUCUGGGGCUGUUACGACGAUUUUUUUUUAUUUUAAGCGUC